GUGGGGCUCCGCGGGCCUCCAGCACGGCCGGGUCUAAUAUGCCCAGAGCCGAGGCGCGAUGAAGGAGAAGUCCAAGAAUGCGGCCAAGACCAGGAGGGAGAAGGAAAAUGGCGAGUUUUACGAGCUGGCCAAACUGCUCCCGCUGCCAUCGGCCAUCACCUCGCAACUGGACAAGGCGUCCAUCAUACGGCUCACCACGAGCUACCUGAAGAUGCGUGCUGUCUUCCCUGAAGGUUUAGGAGAUGCGUGGGGACAGCCGAGCCGCGCCGGGCCCCUGGACAGCGUGGCCAAGGAGCUGGGAUCGCAUUUGCUGCAGACUUUGGAUGGAUUUGUUUUUGUGGUAGCAUCUGAUGGCAAAAUCAUGUAUAUAUCAGAAACAGCUUCGGUACAUUUAGGCUUGUCCCAGGUGGAGCUUACAGGCAACAGUAUUUAUGAGUACAUCCAUCCAUCCGACCACGACGAGAUGACAGCUGUCCUUGCAGCCCAUCAGCCUCUUCACCAUCACCUCCUCCAAGAGUAUGAAAUUGAGCGGUCCUUCUUUCUUCGAAUGAAGUGUGUCUUGGCAAAAAGAAAUGCAGGCUUGACAUGCAGUGGAUACAAGGUCAUCCACUGCAGUGGCUAUUUGAAGAUCAGACAGUAUAUGUUGGACAUGUCCCUGUAUGACUCCUGUUACCAGAUUGUGGGACUGGUGGCUGUGGGCCAAUCGCUGCCGCCAAGCGCCAUCACGGAGAUCAAACUACACAGUAACAUGUUCAUGUUCAGGGCCAGCCUUGACCUGAAGCUGAUAUUCCUGGAUUCCAGGGUGACCGAGCUGACGGGGUACGAGCCGCAGGACCUGAUUGAGAAGAAACUCUACCACCACGUGCAUGGCUGUGACGUGUUCCACCUCCGCUAUUCCCACCACCUCUUGCUGGUGAAGGGCCAGGUCACCACCAAGUACUACCGGCUGCUGUCCAAGCUGGGCGGCUGGGUGUGGGUGCAGAGCUACGCCACCAUCGUGCACAACAGCCGCUCCUCCCGGCCCCACUGCAUCGUGAGUGUCAAUUAUGUCCUCACGGAUAUUGAAUACAAGGAACUUCAGUUGUCCCUGGACCAGGUCUCCACUUCCAAAUCCCAGGAUUCCUGGAGGACCACCUUGUCUACCUCACAAGAAACUAGGAAAUUAGCUAAGCCCAAAAAUACGAAGAUGAAGACAAAGCUGAGAACAAACCCUUACCCUCCCCAGCAAUACAGCUCGUUCCAAAUGGACAAACUGGACUGUGGCCAGCUGGGAAGUUGGCGAGCCAGCCCCACAGCGACCGCCCCGGCACCCUCAGAACAGCAGCUUCAUUCAGAAAGCAGUGACCUUUUGUACGCCCCGCCUUAUAGCCUGCCCUUCUCCUACCACUAUGGACACUUCCCUUUAGACUCACACGUCUUCAGCAGCAAAAAGCCAAUGUUGCCAUCCAAGUUCGGGCAGCCCCAAGGGUCCCCGUGUGAGGUGGCACGUUUCUUCCUGAGCACAUUGCCAGCCAGCAGCGAGUGCCAGUGGCAUUAUGCCAACCCCUUAGUGCCUAGCAGUCCAUCUCCAGCUAAGAACCUUCCCGAGCCGUCGGUGAACAUUGCUCGGCACAAUCUUGUGCCAAACUACGAAGCGCCUACCGCCGCGCGCAGGUUCAGCGAGGACUCCACGCCUCAGCCACCACCACCUCCGCCACCGGCGAGCUUCCCGAGCUGUGGCCACUACCGCGAGGAGCCCGCGCUGGGCCCGGCCAAGACCGCCCGCCAGGCCGCCCGCGACGGUGACCCGCCAGGCCGGGCCGCGGGGAUGCACGUGCACGGCCCGCCUCGGCGCAGGCUGCCCACAGGGAGAAGCCAUAGGCCAGGCCUUCUUGGUUUCCUGUCUUACCAGUCGACUCGAUAG